GAAGUACAGAAGUUGAAUCAGCAACUAGAGGAGAAGAAUGGAGAGAUACAGCAGCUGAUAAAUCAGCCUCCAUAUGAAAAGGAGAGAGAAAUCUUACGACUUCAGAAGAGCUUAGCAGAGAGAGAGAAGGCUCAGGCCACCAGUGAUGUUUUGUGCCGUUCACUCACUGAUGAAACUCACCAACUUCAACGCAAAUUAGCAUCCACAGCAGAAAUGUGUCAACAUCUGGCAAAAUGUCUAGAAGAGAAGCAAAGAAAAGAGAAGGGGAAUUCAGAUGACCAGAUACCUACUGAAAGAUCUAAUCAGUUAGAGCUUUUAGACAAUGAAACUUCACUUCAAGCUCUUAUCUGCAACCUACAAGAUGAAAACAGGAUGUUAAAGCACAAAGUAGCUCACGUGGAAGACCUAAAUGCAAAAUGGCAGAAAUAUGAUGCGAGUAGGGAUGAGUAUGUGAAGCGACUCCACUUGCAGCUAAAAGAGAUGAAGUCACAACUGGAGCAGCAGAACGGUGUAACUUCAGCACAAACAAAUUCUGACCUGAUGCACAAGGAGAUAUUCCGGUUAAACAAGCUACUGGAAGAAAAAAUGAAUGAAUGCAUAAAAACAAAGAGAGAAUUAGAAGAUGUGAAGAAGGCUAGUGCAGGAGAUAAUGAGCGCAUACAAAUGCUGGAGCAACAGGUCCUAGUUUAUAAAGAUGAUUUCACAUCUGAGAGAUCAGAUAGAGAACGAGCACAGAGUAAAAUACAAGAGCUUCAGGCAGAAGUUGCAUGUCUGCAACACCAGCUGGCAAGAAGACAGGACUCAAGAGACACAAGUAGUCAUUUCAGAGUUCACAUUGGUAACCAAAAUCAUAUGUACGUACAGACGAACGUUGAACACCUACGAGGCAAUAGCCAGGUCAAACGGGCACAAGAAGAACAUCUUCACAGUGUGAACAAGCUUCUCCUGCGGACAAUGGGAACUCAGGAUCCGAGGGCAGGGCACAGGGUGAACUUAGAUGCCCUCAUUGUAUGA